AUGCCUAUGCAUACCCAGUCUACUGAGGCCAUAGUUAUUGGACAGUUGGAUGGCAAGGACAUUGACCAGGGAAGUGUGGUUACUACUGUGGCUUCACCUGUUGCAUGUAUCUCAUCACGUGUCACUAUACCACAUAGUGGUAAUACCACGAAAUUUGAAGAUUGCCUAGAAGGAGUUAUUUCCCAGCAAAAUUGCCCAUCUGAAGCACAGAAGUGUGAAAAUGGAAUUUGGGUUUCUGUGCAAAACUGGUGUGGUAACAAUGUUACAGUCUAUAUUCUGAAUAUAAUUUCUUCCAACCCAGAAUAUUUAAAGGUUAACUUCAGUCAAGUAAUUGAUACCCUCGAGAAAGAAUUCAGCAAAGCAGAUGCAAUUAAAAAAGUGGAUGAUGUUAUUGGUUUGGUUUCUGUAUUUAGUAAGCUUGCCAGUGCUUCUAUAGAGAAUGUCCCUGAAUCAGCAAUGAAGUUUGUAACACAUGGUGUUAGAAGAAGAAAGAAAAUUAAGGCCAACAUUGAACCCCUGCCAAUGUUACUAACAUUUGCAGACCAUUGGAGUUGCAGAGCAUGCCACUGUAGCACUGGAAGCACAGGACUUUUUCUCCAUGCUGUUUUUAACACCAGUUCUUUGUCCAUGAAAGAUAAAAAAUUUAUUAUGAUUGAUCUUGGAGGCACAGAUGUAGAAGAAGAGGAUGAUGCUGAUAUUUUAUUUCCCAAAGCAUGA